AUGAGUGGCAGAGGAAAAGGAGGGAAAGGACUCGGUAAAGGAGGCGCAAAGCGUCACCGGAAGGUUCUCCGUGAUAACAUCCAGGGGAUCACCAAGCCCGCUAUCCGCCGUCUGGCUCGCCGUGGUGGAGUGAAGCGGAUCUCCGGCCUGAUCUACGAGGAGACCCGUGGUGUGUUGAAGGUCUUCCUGGAGAACGUGAUCCGUGAUGCCGUCACCUACACCGAGCACGCCAAGAGAAAGACGGUGACCGCCAUGGAUGUGGUUUAUGCUCUCAAGAGGCAGGGACGCACUCUGUACGGCUUCGGAGCUGGUGGAGCAGCAGUUUAUUUGGAGCUGGUGUACUUGGUGACGGCCUUGGUGCCCUCAGACACGGCGUGCUUGGCCAGCUCCCCGGGCAGCAGCAGGCGGACGGCGGUCUGGAUCUCCCUGGACGUGAUGGUGGAGCCAGGGAGCGGGUCUCCAGCUUUACUUCUUGGCGGCCUUCUCGGUCUUCUUGGGCAGCAGAACAGCCUGGAUGUUGGGCAGCACGCCGCCCUGAGCGAUGGUGACUCCACCCAGCAGCUUGUUGAGCUCCUCGUCGUUGCGGACAGCCAGCUGCAGGUGACGGGGGAUGAUCCGGGUCUUCUUGUUGUCGCGGGCAGCGUUUCCAGCCAGCUCCAGGAUCUCAGCGGUCAGGUACUCCAGCACAGCCGCCAGGUAGACGGGGGCGCCGGCUCCCACACGCUGCGCAUAGUUUCCUUUACGCAGCAGCCUGUGGACACGACCGACUGGGAACUGGAGCCCGGCCCGAGAGGAGCGGGUCUUGGCCUUAGCUCUGGCUUUGCCUCCGCGGAGCUCCGGGUGGGGGUCGCUGCUCUGGGCGGCGCUGAGCUCCAGGAGGAGCCCCUCACCAAUCAGGAGCCGGAGUCAGAGAGAGAAGAAGUCAUGGCACGAACCAAGCAGACCGCCCGUAAAUCCACCGGAGGCAAAGCCCCCAGGAAGCAGCUGGCCACCAAGGCUGCCCGUAAGAGCGCCCCGGCCACCGGCGGCGUGAAGAAGCCUCACCGUUACAGGCCCGGUACCGUGGCUCUGAGAGAGAUCCGUCGCUACCAGAAAUCCACCGAGCUGCUGAUCCGCAAGCUGCCCUUCCAGCGCCUGGUCCGAGAAAUCGCUCAGGACUUCAAGACCGACCUGCGCUUCCAGAGCUCCGCUGUCAUGGCUCUGCAGGAGUCCAGCGAGGCUUACCUGGUCGGCCUGUUUGAGGACACCAACCUGUGCGCCAUCCACGCCAAGAGGGUCACCAUCAUGCCCAAAGACAUCCAGCUGGCCCGCAGGAUCCGUGGAGAGAGAGCUUAGACUGUCUGCUGCCCUUUAACAACCACAACGGCUCUUUUAAGAGCCAC